CAGCACCCACCAAUUUAAUCCUAGUCUAAUCACAAGACAAUUUACAAUGACCAAUUUACUACUAACCGGUACAUUUUUGGAAUGUGGGAGGAAACUGGAGCACCCUGAGGAAACCCACAUGAUGACCGGAUGGAUGCACAAACUCCUCACAGACAGCGUUGAAAUUGAACACUGAACUCUGAUAAGCUACAACAACAUCGUGCUAACCGCUACACGACUGUGGCACCUGUUCCUGCCAAAUUAGUUCCAAAUUACCUCAGGUAAAGCAGCAGAUUCAAGUCAGAAAUUCACAGAAUGUUUCUGCAGCCUCCCAGUUAAAUUUCAUCAGUGACCAUGUACAGAGGUAGCAAGGCAGGAUGGACCAAAGGGCCGGUUUUUGUUCUCCAGCUGCCUGGAGCCAAACAGAUGGGAGUUGGAGGUUCUGUGGUUUGGCUGAAGGUAACGGGAGGAGACAGGGGUGAAUUUCAGCAAGUUCCAGACCCUGACCCUGACUCAGAGCCCACACUCGGUUGGCAGUCCAGGGUCUCUAGACAAUACAGUUAUGAUUGUUUCUAUUCCGUCAACACCUCCCUCUCUCUUUCUCCAGGACUCGCUACUACCAUCUGGUGCCUCACUUGGCUGGCGUCCCGGUGCCAGAGUCGGGCAGCGUCAGUGGGCGGCAGCCCAGGGCCGCAGAGGCCGAGGGGAGCUCUCCAAUGCCUUCUCGGCUUUGUUGGUGGACAUGUGGCUGGGUGACUACAUGUACGUCUUCCCGGAUGAGGUGAAGAGAGUUCUUGGGAAGGUGCACCCGCCAUUCUCUGAUGGGAGCCAGCAGGAUGCACAGGAACUUCUGCUGUUUUUCCUCAAUGUUCUCCACGCUGAUCUGAAGAAGUCCACAGGCGUGAGAAAUGUGGAAACAUCAAUUGUUACGAGGCUUUUCCAGGGGCAACUGAGCUACGUAAAGCUCUGUCUGAAUUGUUACCACAACUCCAAUCAAACAGAGACCUUCCUGAGCCUCUCUCUGCCAAUGCCACCAGACAGAAUAUGUUCCAUUCAGGAUUGCUUCAGGCUGUUUUUUAAAGAAGAGGUCCUGAGCUUGAGAGACCGGCCUUACUGCUCCUUCUGCAGCCAGAAGCAGGACCAGUUGGAGUGUAUCCAGCUGCUGAAAGCCCCAGACAUCAUCAUCAUUCACUUGAAGCGCUUUGAAUCAGGUGACAACGGAAACAGGAAACUGAGCAGCAUGGUGACCUUUCCCCUGGAAGACCUCGAUCUGACCCAGUACACAACCACUCCAGCAACUCAGCACCCAAAGUACCAGCUGUACGCCGUGGUGAACCACACCGGUACCUUGGAGAGUGGUCACUAUACUGCCUUCUGCAAGAAUCCACUGACACAGAACUGGCAUGAAUUCAAUGAUGCAAAAGUGACCAGCAUUUCUGAGCAGAAAAUCCAGUCACCAGCAGCCUACAUACUCUUCUACAAUUGUGUGAAUUUCCAGUGGUCACAGUAAGGGUGUCCCUCAUCACUGUAAUAACCAUAACUCAGCUUUCAUACUGUACUUGCCCUAGAGGGAAGCCAUCAUGAUAAAUUAUGAAAUCUUGGCUAACAUCUGUUAUUUUGUUGGUUAUUGUCUUAAGUUGACAAUGUUUCAUGAAUUAAAAGAAAUCCCUCUUAACAGUUGGCAUUGCAGUAUGCAAUCACUUUCAUGCCUGGCAUUAAACAGGCUUCACAACACUCUGGACCCAAUCAUUCACCUGAAUUUUGAAAUUCAGGUAAGAACAGGGUUUGCUUGGCACAAUCUACUUGCUCGAGAAGGUGCAUCAGAUGUUUUAGUACAUUUAUCCACAUGCACAGUGGUGGCUCAGACUGUGGCUGAAGUGGAAUGUCACUGAAGCACGUUUUACUGGUGGUGGUGGGUGGGGGGGGGGGGCCCUGACGGGAAUAAAUCAGUCUUCACUUGCAUCUCCGUUACACUGCUUUUCUUUUCCUGACACCUCAACCCUAUCGAAGAUCUGUUCUUGCUUACAGGACAAUUACUGUCCUUAAAGGGCAAGUCAGCCGAUUUGUUAACCUUAACAAAACUGCAAGUAGCUGAAAGUUUAUAAAUUUAAGGAAGCUAGUCAGUAAGUGCAGUGGGUUUAGCUAGAAAGCAAUAUAUGCACCAUGCCUCCACUACCACCUUUUGCCUUCUACCAUCGAGCCAAUUUGUUAUCUCCUGCUGCAGACAAUGUAUUGAACUUGCUGGACUUUAUCAA